UCUUCUUGGGCUGUAUUUCCCUUGAGGGGGUGAGGACUGACAUUUUCUUCGCCAAAUAGCUCGAUUUGGGGCAGUUUCGCUUCACUCGCUGACUUGGAAAUGCAGAGAAGAAACGGGGCCUUUCUGCAAACUGGCGAGCUACUCUUUUAAAAAAAGCUUUUCGAGCGUCAAAGCUCCCUGCUCCAGACAAAAACAAAUUAAAUAGCAGUUUUAAAAUGGCUCAGAUCUUCCUUCUUACGCAUGUCUGACAAAGAGAGCUUCGUCUCUUGAAAGCUUGAGCCCUUCGGAGGAGGGCGGUAUACAAAUUAAAAAUUUAAUUCCAUUCCUGAAAUGUCUGUUAACCUGUAAGUUACUCCGGGACUCCACUGUUCUACUGCAGACCAAUACGGCUGCCCUCUGAAAUGUUAAAGAUAGACUUUAUUUAAUGCACGUGAACCUCGCAUUUCUCCUACCAAUGGAGCUCAAAGCGGCUUACGUUGUUCUCCAUUUGAACCUCUCAACAACUCUGUGAGGCUUGGAAUCUUUGAUAGAGUCAUCUAGAAGCUGAUUCUUCCCGAAUAUGUCAUGGCUAUUCAUUAGGAUGCUUUAGGCAAAGAUACUUCCUCAAGGCUGAUGGUGUAAAACUGCUUUUCUGGGCUGCAUUUGUUGAAAUACUUAGCACUUGACCAGACACGUGAUUUGUGCCAUGGAUCAAAACAACAGCUUGCCACCCUAUGCCCAGGGUUUAGCAUCCCCUCAGGGUGCAAUGACUCCUGGCAUCCCUAUUUUCAGUCCCAUGAUGCCUUAUGGCACGGGGCUCACCCCGCAGCCUGUUCAAAGUACCAAUAGUCUGUCUAUUCUGGAAGAGCAGCAGAGGCAGCAGCAGCAAGCAGCAGCACAGCAAUCCACGUCCCAGCAGGGAGCAUCUAGUCAGACGCCACAGCUCUUCCACUCUCAGACACUUACUACUGCUCCUUUGCCAGGAACCACGCCUCUCUACCCCUCUCCAAUGACUCCCAUGACCCCAAUUACUCCUGCUACACCUGCUUCUGAAAGCUCAGGGAUUGUACCACAGCUUCAGAAUAUUGUAUCUACAGUAAAUCUUGGCUGCAAACUGGACCUGAAAACCAUUGCCCUUCGUGCUCGAAAUGCUGAAUACAAUCCCAAGCGUUUUGCUGCUGUGAUUAUGAGAAUAAGAGAACCACGUACCACUGCACUUAUAUUCAGCUCUGGAAAAAUGGUGUGUACUGGGGCUAAAAGUGAGGAGCAGUCAAGAUUGGCUGCCAGAAAGUAUGCCAGAGUUGUGCAGAAGUUGGGCUUUCCAGCCAAAUUCUUGGAUUUUAAGAUUCAGAAUAUGGUGGGCAGUUGUGACGUGAAAUUCCCUAUCAGACUUGAGGGACUGGUACUUACUCACCAACAAUUUAGCAGUUACGAGCCAGAGCUUUUUCCUGGUUUAAUUUACAGAAUGAUCAAACCGAGAAUUGUCCUCCUUAUAUUUGUUUCUGGGAAGGUAGUUUUAACUGGUGCAAAAGUCAGAGCUGAAAUUUAUGAAGCAUUUGAAAAUAUAUAUCCUAUUUUAAAAGGAUUCAGAAAGACAACGUAACAGUACUUACCAAAGAAGCUGGCUCAUUUUAAAAGGUAUUGACUAUGGCACAGCAGUAAAAGGUGAAAGAUUUAUAGACUGCAACAGUCCAGACUUGGAGUGUUUUCCCAGUUAGUGCCUAUUCCCUGAUCUUUAUGGGAAGGGAAGUAUUUGUGUAUUAUGUCUGUACUGAGUUUCUGUGAGUUGCUUUAUUGGGGCUCUCUUUGGAGAAACAGUUGUUUAAUUUAUGCUUUAGUUUUUAAACAGUUUUAAUGUCUAAUUGUUUUAUUUGGAAAUCUCAUGCUGGCAAGUUGGUUCAAGAGAACACUAAACCAUAUUAUCCAAUAUUCAACGCUUUGAUUACAGUAUUAAGGUCUUUCAGCCACUGAUUUUACAAUCAACUUUUAAUUCAGCAUGUCUUGACCUACUUUGUGCCAGACAGACACAUUCCCAAUUUCCAAUGUUCAGCAGAGCAGGAAAAAAUUGCUAAUAAAACAGAUGACUAUUUGUUUUAGGAAACAAUCUUUUUUGAGUUUUAAAUGUAUAAGAAAUGUUGUUUAUAAACAUGGGGAUUUGAUUGGUCUAUGCUGCUGUUUGAUGUACUAAAUGCAUGCUUGUAGAAUGCUUAAAUGUAUUGAAAUGUUUUUUAUAAGCUUUUCUUAACAACCCAGUAUUAAAAUCAUGUGUUUGCCA